ACCGGCAACACCACCACCACCACAUCACAGACAGCAGCGCAGCAGCGAAGCAGCGGCGGCAGCCACCAACAAGUGCGGCACGCGACGUACGUGACGCGGCCGCGGCGGCCGUACCAGUUCACGCAGCUGGUGCAGCUGAGCGACGGGAGCACGUUUGCGGUGCGAACGACGGCGCCGGGGGCGCUGCUCAAGACGUCCAAGGACACGCGCAACCACCUGCUGUGGCAGCCGUCGGAGAAGUCGCUGCGCAACGUCGAGGUGGACGAGGCGGGCAAGCUGGCCGCGUUCCGCGACCGCUUCGGCCGCGGCUGGGACUUGGAGGCGACCCAGGAGGAAGAGGACAAGGCAGCAGCAGCGGCGGCGGCGGCAUCGGCAGCAGCAGCGCCUCCUGUUGCAGAUGGUGCAGAACAACAACAACAACAACAACAACAAGAGCAAGCGCCGCUAGAGGCUGAAGAAGAAGCGCCGCCGGACGAUGCCUUUGACUCGCUGGUCGAUCUAAUUAGCGGCUAUGCGGCAAAGGACGCCCAGAAGAUGACCGGCAUGAGCGCGAAGGAGGACGCCAAGGUCGCAAAGAAGAAAUAA